AACAAAUGCGCGAAAGGUCUAAGUUGACUUCCUGCUAGCAGACAAUUUUCACUGAUGAAUAGAAGAGGAAGGGAAAAGACAGCUUUCCUCACUCACAAUGAAACCAGAUGAGAUGAUAACAGUUCCAGACUUUAUUCGAGAAACAUGGGAGGAUUUCAAUUCCCCCACGACGUCCACCUUCACUACCAAAAUGAGCGUAUGUCGUCAGACAGUUUACAGCUUGGAAGAAACGUUGGAUAUCGACCGCAGCAGCCUGACCAAGAUGAAGAAGUCGGUGAAGGCGUUGUACAACACGGGCAACA